CAUCUGUGCGAUAACUCACCUAUUGUCAUUGUCUUCUCCUCUCCCCACCCAACCUGACCAACAUCUUCUCUUCGCUCUCCAUCAUGCCCGCCAUGCUCCGCCGCCUUGUCCUGAUGCAACGUACUUACUCCUGCUGUUUCUAAGAUAUUCCCGUCGAAGUCCAGAUCGCAUUCUCCUAGCCGCCAUAAGGAAUUCUCCAGCAGUCCCGCGACGACCACAUUUUGUCGCACCAAAACCUCCGUGUGACCUUGGGCAAAGCUAUCAAGGCGCACGCAACGCCAGGACACUGAGGCCUCGAGCGCGAAAGCUUUCUAGUCGCCCAUUCCAAAAAAAUUCCAGAUAUCUUCUUGCCCUUCAGCCAACCGUCACAAUAAUUCGAAUUUCAACAUGGAGGGGGUGGAAACGGUAGAUGUUAGCUGGCUGCACCAUACGCAGAGAGCGGAUUUGUCUCGCUGCAGGUCGGCCUCGUCGAUGACCAGUGAUAAAUCUAGUAAUGAGACUGAGGCUCCGCCGACCUCGCAACCCAGAACCGAUCGGACGGUGCCCGUCACUUCGAAUUCUCCGCCACCCGCAACCCAAUCGCCUACCUCCGUGACCCAACCGAAACCAAUACCCUCGAGCGCUGGCGCUGGAGUGGAAAAUGGAGGAAGUAAAGAGGAGGGCGCGGAGGACGCAAGGCUGUCCGCUUCGACGCUGGCGCCCCAUAAAAGUUCACCUCGACAGAUAGGUCGAAGGAACUCCUGGAUCUCUAGUUUGAGCUCCAAGUUUUCCUCCGGCUCCACGCCGCCGUCGUCAUCCAGCAUGAGGGCGCCAGCCACCCCCAAAGCAAGCGCUCCCCUUACCAAGCUGGAUACCCAUAAUCCUUUUGGGGCGGCAUAUUCGCCCAGGGAUCAGGAGGAAGAAAAGAACCAUGAACCGCUCGUCUCUACGUCGCCCAAGUCGCCGUCCUUCUUGACAAAUGCGUUCCGCAAACUGUCUUCGUCGGCAUCGAGUGGCUCUGGCAGGACCGUACCUAAUGGAGUCAUUUGUCAGCGUCGCGUGAUGAAUAUCGACCAGGGCCGGGAUAGGUGCAAGAUACCCACCCUGGAUCAGGGGAAAUUGCGGCGUGUCGCGUUCUGUGUCGAUGUUGAGAUUGCGGGGACAUCCCGUCGCGAGUCCGACGAAGGAAGCCCCCCUGCAAGCUCCAAACGACGUCUGGUUUCAGACAUUACCACCCCCAAGCUUAAAAGAAGCAACUCGAAAUCCAAGGACAAAGACGAAGCGGCUGCAUCCAAUCAUCCACAAGCCGCGGUACCCGACCAGGAGAAACCAGGCCAGGGGGCCGCUAGCUCUGGAAGCCCUGUGGCAUCGCCCGAACCUCCAUCCUGCGAGGUCAAAAUCACCAGCGAGGGCAGAGAACCUACCAGGAAACAGGAAAAGAAAAAGCGAUCGGAGGAGGAACGACGGGAACGGCGAGAUAAGAGGCGCCGGCAAGCUGAAGCCAACGGCUCGGUACCCCUGCAACUGAACGGUGAUGACCCGGACGAUGAUGCUCGUGCGGCCGAGGCCGGAGCCGCUCGGCCCAAAGCGCAAAGCCACCCAACAACGGACCCUGUUCGCAUCUAUAGACGCUGUUGUCAGCUGCGGGAAACGCCUGUGCUCAAACGGGUAGUCGACGAGAUUUCCUCCCCGUCUUCGGUCCUAGCCGAAUCUCCUGGCACUGUCGGUGUGCUGGAUCUUAGCAAUUUCCCCAUGGCUCCUCCAGAUGUGGUUACUUUCUGUGACUGGCUGGCUGUCGUUCCGGUUCGAAAACUCAUCCUUGAAAAAUGUGCUUUGACAGAUAUCUCGGUCCGGUCUAUAUUGGCCGCGUUGCUUUCGACCAAGACUACGGAACAGAUGAGGCAAAGGCGCAAAAGAACUAAACAGUCGGGAUUUGACGUUCCGGGGGCGCAAGAGAGAAAUAGCGUUGUGGAAAAGCUGUCCUUGAAAGAUAAUUCCAAGAUCGGCAGGGAGGGCUGGCGCUACAUUUGUCUAUUCAUUCAUCUUUCAAAGUCCUUGAAGGCUAUUGAUCUCUCGGGCAUCCCGUUCCCCAAACCACCUGUCGUGGCUAAUGGACCUAGUGAGAACACGAAUAGUUCUCCAGGAUCUACCAUUGAUAUCGCUUCCAUAUUUGCAAGUUCCCUGGCCGAGCGUUUUGGCGGCGACCACCUCGAAGAAUUACUACUCAGUGAAUGCAAGCCUGCAACGGAAGACGUGAAGAGGAUCUGCGAAGCCGCCGCAACGGCUGGUUUGAGGAGGCUGGGCUUCGCUAACAACAAUUUAACGAGGGAGGGUCUAGAGCAUGUUGUUCGCUAUUGUGAGUCCAGCAAAUGCGAGGGCCUUGAUCUCGGCGGAAAUCCUAUCCGCGAUCACUUGGACUUGCUCGUCUCCGUUAUCGGGAGAGACCAUCCACUAUAUGCUCUGAGCCUUGCAGACUGUGCCCUUACGCCCUCCACCAUCCACCCGGUUCUUCAAGCCUUGACGCGUCUACCGAACCUCCGUUUCAUUGAUUUCUCUCACAACCCAGGGCUCUUUUCCGGACAGCCGGAUGCGUUGGCGUUGUUCCGGCGAUUCCUUCCCAAGAUGCAUUCACUGAAGCGCAUUCAUUUAGCGGACGUGAAUCUUUCUGCCGACCACGUCAUUGCUCUUGCCGAGAUCAUUCCGGAGAGUCCCAGCCUAUGCCACCUUAACAUCCUUGAGAACCCCUCCAUCAGUGUGCUUGCGUCUGCGACAGAUCCUCGCAUCCAAGAGGAGGCCUGUGCGGUAUAUGCCUCUCUGAUGGCGGCGGUGCGUGUGUCGGGGACAAUCAUCGCGGUGGAUAUCCAGGUCCCCAGUGCCGAAAACAACGAGGUUGUCAAGGCCCUUGCAUCGCAGAUCGUCGCCUACUGUCUCCAGAAUCUUGAACGAGGGGCUAUUGGGGCUCUAGAGGCAGAGAUUUCCGACCCGGUCGACUCCUCUGCACGCGCCACCGUCCACGUCCCUGAGAUUCUGCAACAUUUUGUCGGUGUGGACGAACCGUUUGAGGAGGAGAUGGUCGAGAACGAGCCGGCCGCCGAUGAAGACUACGUCAUCGGAGGCACUGGUGUGGUGAAAGCUCUUGGAGUUUGUCUGGGCAAUCUGGACCAGCAUAUGCCGGGAGAUCAGUCUGGGCCGCCUAGUGGCACGACAACGCCCAGACAUAGGGCAUCCCGGUCUCUUGUCCAGAAACGGCCGCGUGAUAUGUCCAAGAAUCUGUUGGCUUCGGCGCGCAACAUCCGGACUAGGAUCCAGUCCGCUCUGGUUCGGGAAGACAGAGCCGGGAAUGACGACAACUACCGACGCCUUCAAUUCCUUGAUAUCACCCUGGCUAGGAUGAUCAAAAGAUUCGAAGAUGAAUACCCCGAGACACGGAUUUCACCGCAGUUUGGUCUGCCGACAACCCAGGAGACGGAUUCGCAGAAUUCCGGCGAAGAUUUGGACGCCGCCCUCCUUGGUAGCUCGUUACCGACCGCCGGGCUGGGUGAUGAGAAUGCGAUCGACGAUGAAGAUACCGACCAAUACGCCAUCCGACUCUCGCGCGCCAGUUCCAUCACCUCGCUUCAUUCCCGUGCCAUGAUUUCAGAAGAGGGCCAUGUCCACCGUUUGGGACAAAACCUCCGACGUGAUUUCCUUGACCCCUCUUACGACCAGUCAGAAGACGAACAGGCCAUGGAUGACGCCCAACUUACUACCGCCUUGCGCGAGAAGCUCGACCGUCUUCACGACCAGCAGACACGCCACAGUUUCGAGACCGUCGGCACGGACAAAGCAUUUGAGGAGCUUGGUUCGACUGUCAAAGAAUUGUGGACCAUUCAGCGGCAGGAUACUGAAGCUUUCCAGAAGUUUAGGCAAAGUCAAAUCGCGGCGCAGAUCAAUAGCGGGAGACCGAGUUCGCGGAGCCAAUCUGGCCUGGAAACUUCCAAAGAGCAGACAUCUUUGUAGGCUUGAAGUCUGACACAGCGACUAUUGUCUCGCUGGAAUUUUUUCAAUUUUUUUUUUUUUUUUUAUGAUCUUUUCUCGUUUAUCCUGUUUGUCUGUAUCCAUUCUAGCAUGUUGCCUUUCAAGUUCACUGUACUCUAGCAUGGGUUGUUAUUAGCCGG